UCCUUGGUUUCUUCCCUCCGUUUCUUGCUCUCUCUUUCUCUCUCUUCCCGCUUUUUUUAAUCCUUCUUCCUCUUCAGAUCUCACUCUCUUCGACCAGUAAUUUCUUCCAGAAUUUCUCUCCAAUUCCAUUUCACUCCACAAUUCUUCGGAUUCAUCAGUUCCAAUUCCUCUCUCUGUGUCUUGAAAUCUCAAACCCCAGAAAAGAGGGCUUGAUCGUUCAUUUUCUCUGUGUAAGAGGUUUAAAUCCUGAUACUUUCAUCCAAUUACGAUGUCGACUUCAAGAGCUUCGAAUCAGCCAACGGAGCAACAGUCUUUAAAGCGUCAGCUUGCGUUCACGUCGAUGAAGCCGCCGUUCGGGGACUACCACCGCUUCUCGUCAUCAGUCCCUGAAAAUCGGGCUCACGAGCCCGAGGCUGUUGUGGUCAAGUCUCCGCCAUUAAAGCGGAAGAUUGACACAGCAGACUGUGAAGAUGAGUCUCGCGAGCAGAAACCUGGUUAUAUUGAACUUGUUAGUAGUCCCCUCCAGACUCCUGUUUCAGGAAAAGGGGGAAAGGCACAAAAGAUUCCAAGGAUUGCUAAGUGCAAUAGAUCUGGAUCGCAAACUCCUGCAGCAAACGUCGGUUCUCCUUCAGGCAAUAAUCUCACUCCAGCUGGUCCCUGUCGUUAUGACAGCUCCCUAGGUCUCCUAACAAAGAAAUUCAUCAAUCUUAUCAAACAUGCUGAAGAUGGUAUUCUUGAUCUUAAUAAAGCUGCUGACACAUUGGAGGUACAAAAAAGGCGGAUAUAUGACAUCACAAAUGUUCUAGAAGGAAUUGGUCUAAUAGAAAAGAAACUCAAGAACAGAAUACAGUGGAAGGGGCUUGAUGCCUCAAGACCAGGGGAUGUUGAUGAAAGCUUUUCGAGCUUACAGGCAGAAGUCGAAAACCUUUCCAUCGAGGAGCACAGAUUGGAUGAACAAAUAAGAGAAAUGCAGGAACGUUUAACGGACCUGAGUGAAGAUGAAAACAAUCAGAAGUGGCUUUUUGUCACUGAAGAAGACAUCAAGACCUUACCAUGCUUUCAGGAUGAAACCCUGAUAGCAAUUAAAGCUCCACACGGCACCACUUUGGAAGUACCAGAUCCUGAUGAGGCUGUUGACUAUCCUCAGAGGAGAUACAGAAUAGUGCUUAGGAGCACCAUGGGGCCAAUAGAUGUUUACCUUGUCAGUCAAUUUGAGGAGAAGUUUGAGGAGUUCAAUGGUGGUGAGGCACCCUCGAGCAUUCCUUCAACAUCAGGGUGCAGUGAGAAUCCAGCUGUUGUAAUGCCAGCUGAAAUCAGUAGAGAAAAUGAAUCGCAGGGACAAGAAGCUUAUAAGAUGCCAUCAGAUAUAUAUGCAUCGCAUGACCUCAUGAGUGGGAUCAUGAAGAUUGUACCAGACGUUGAUAUUGACGCCGAUUACUGGCUGUUGUCAGAUGCUGAUGUUAGUAUCACGGACAUGUGGAGGACAGAUUCUGGGGUAGAAUGGAAUUCGUUGGACACACUUCAUGAUGACUAUGUGAUGGCUAAUGUAAGCACGCCACGUGCCCAAACUCCACCGUCUUGCACAACAGAAAUACCUUCAGCUACCAACACCACAGGGACAUAAAUAGAGUUUGCGAUGGAACCUAGUCAACUAGAGCUCUGCUAGACACCGUUGUCUGUAAUUCCUCUUAUUGAAGCAUGAAAUUGGGGAUUGAGGCUUUCAGUUUUACUUUUAAUAUGCUCUCCAAAGAAGUACAAGCAUGAAGCUGGAUAACGGAUGACAUGAAGCUGGAUAAUGGAAGAUAUAGGCGGCUAGUUCAUUGUACAGUAUAUUUGUAUACAUUAUCCCUGUGGUAUCAAUAAUUAUAGAGGUAGACACUUGAAUUCAAAGUUCGGCCCACUGUAUAUUAUUUCAUUUCUUGGCUUUAUGUUACUGGAGUACUAAUAGGUUGGUUCUGCCAAGUUAUGGAUCGGAUUACAUGCACAUUUUAAAUAUGGCCACUACAGCCGUUCAACAAGAGCACUGGGUCCUGAUACGAAGACGAUGCUUAUGGUCCAAGGUUAGCCC